AUGCUUAGUCACUCCACCAAAUAUUUGUCACUCCCUCCGCCACUCAUCUUCUGUAUUCUUAACUUUCUUUGUCCCUUUCUUAUUUUCAUCCCAAUGACUUUUCUCUAUUUCCUUGUAUUUUUUUGUCUUUGCCCAUCCCAGACUUCUUCUUCUUCUUCUUCUUCUUCUUCUUCUUCUUCUUCUUCUUCUUCUUCUAUCUCUCUUUCUAUGUCUCUGUCAAUUUCAUUUACACAGCAAACACGCGCACUCAUUAUCACACUAUUAAAAAUAUCUAUCUAUCUAUCUAUCUAUCUAUCUAUCUAUCUAUCUAUCUAUCUAUCUCAACCUCCUAUAUAUACUCCCAGAUAUCAUAUAUAUAGCUAUAUUUUCGGCCUGUUCACAUCUAUCUAUCUAUCUAUCUAUCUAUCUAUCUUGGUCUGUUCUAAACGUUUUUACACAAGCCUUUACGAUUUAAAACAAAUCAUCCGUGUAGAUUGUUCAACAUCAGUUCUGUUUUAUACAGUUCUCAUUACUGACAUCUAUCUAUCUAUCUAUCUAUCUAUCUAUCUAUCUAUCUAUCUAUCUAUCUAUCUAUCUAUCUAUCUACACUGUCAGUUCUAA